ACGUUCUUCACUUCUUUACCAGCACGUUUACUUCCAAUCCUGCAACAACAGUGUUCAAGCAUGGCCCCCUCUGUCCUCGGCAUCGGCAUCCCUGCUACCUCUGAUAUGGUCCCGUUGCUCGCACGAGGUUCUCUGCAAAAAUCGCUCAACGUUAUGGAAGCUGACAUGAACGCCUCUCCUUACGAUUGGGAAAUGCUGUAUAUCACGCCAGAUAUGGCAUUUGACCUCUGCACUACUAAGCUUCGUGAGAAGAUGUGGGAUGUUGUCAUGAUUGGAAUGGGCAUACGGAAGACCGAUGCGGUUGUACCGUUCUUCGAAUGCAUCGUCAAUGCCGUUCAUAAGGAGCUGCCAGAGGCAAAAUUUGCUUUCAGCAACAGCAUCGAAAAGACGCGGGAAGCUGUUGAUCGUGUGUUGGCUAGUGAAGAAGAUAGGUAAACGCAAUGGUGAGCGAGCUUUUAAAGAGGUCCGAAGAUUUCCACAUCAGUGCAUUAAAAGGGCCAAUGCGCAAUGAGAAGCAGGAGGGAAAAUCUCGGAAGGCAUUCUUUUUUUGUUACAAAUCGAGGUGCAAAAGGACUUGCACUUGAUACCGACCUUAGGAACCAAUGCUAUCAGAUUCAAGAUCUUCACAAGGCACAGUUUUCAC